AUGCGCCAUCUGGAGCCCCGAGGUGCGCCGCUGUCAGUAGCUGCUGCUGCUGCUGCUGAGAAUGAUAAUGAUGACGGCGCUAUUACUCCCCCCGUCCUCCCCCCGUCCUCCCCCCGUCCUCCCCCCGUCCUCUCCCCGUCCUUCCCCCCUCCUCCCCUCCUCCUCCCCCCAUCCUCCCCUCCUCCCCCAGUCCUCCUCCCCUCCUCCCCCCGUCCUCCCCCCGUCCUCCCCCUCUUCUCCCUCCUCCUCCCCCCGUCCUCCCCCCUUCUCCCUGCUCCUCAGGUGUUCUUCUGUGCGGCGAAUCAACUGAAGAACGUGCCUGCUGCCGUGCGGAGGGGGAGGCUGCUCAAGUGCAGCCGGUGUGGUCGCAGCGGGGCCAACAUUGGGUGCCGGGAGGAGCGGUGCCCUCACACGUACCACCUGCCCUGUGCGCGCUACGACGACUGUUUCUUUGACCACACCGAUUUCCUCAUCUCCUGCCCGCUCCACACUCGCUCCCUCAUGCUCCGCCGCCACGGCUCCCACCUGCCCGAGUUCAACGCCUUUUACGGGCAGCCCGCGGGCAGGCUGUCCGGGCAGAUGGUGGAACUUUUGUCGGCUGCCCGUGCAGCUGCCCGGAGGGAUGAGGAGGCGGAGGCGCAGUGGGAGGAGGGGAUGGGGAGUGAGGAGGAUGAUGAGGAUGAGGAGUUUCAGGCAAAGGAGAGGAGGAGGAGAGUGAGGGACCUAGCUAGGGUUGAGCCGGUUCGGCUUGGGGGAGGGGUGACGUGGCGUGCGGCUGCCAGCGGUGCUGCCCUGUCGCUGGCCACGUCAGCAGGUGGUGCUCGUUAUCCAGUGGCUGGGCUUGAGAGGCCGGCUGGGGUUGAACCUGGGGGAGAGGGAAGGGGGGGCGGAGGGGGAGGGCGGAGAGGGGAUGGAGGGGGAGCAGGGGGAGAAGCAGAAGGGGGGGAGGGGGAGGGAUUUCGCGCAAAAAAUCCAAUUCAAACUGGCAGUGUCUGGGAAAAGGUUGACUGUGCCAAAGCUGAGUGUGACAAUGUGGAGUGUGAGAAUGAGAGGGGCUGGGGGGGAGGGGAGGGGGAAGCGGGGGAGGAAUUGGCGGCUGUGAUUGGCCCUGACACUCCGCUGGAGGUGCUGUUGAGGGCAAGGGGGGUUGGGGAGGCUGGUCGAGGGGAGGGGGGAAUGCAGGAGGAGGGAGUGAGGGAGGGGAAAGUGGUGGAAGGGCGGCUGGAUGAGAGGGAUGUGGAGCUAGGUAGAGGAGGGAAAGCAGCGGAGGAGGGGAAGAAGAGAGGAAGAGAGGGAAGGGAUGAAGGACGAGAGGGAAGAAAGGGAGCAAUGGAGCUACUACAGGGCUUGAGUCCCCAAGUGCACCUGGGGGGUGGUGCUGUGGAGUUAGCACUAGGUGGCGUGAGCGGCGAGCGGGUGAAUGCGGGGGUCUGUGAGGGAGUGAUUGAGGGAGUGAGUGAGGGAGUGAGUGAGGGAGGGAGGAAGGGAGCGAGGGAGGAGGUGGGUGGGGCAACAGAUUGGGGGAUUGAGGGUGAUGGGGAGGGGGAGAUGGCAGCAAAGCGGGCGAGGAAUACACUGGAUUCAGAGGUGCUGGUUGCGUGUAGAGAGGGUGUCUUUGAGAUGUCUCAAAAGCGGGCGAGGAAUACACCGGAUUCAGAGGUGCUGGUUGAAAGGGCAAGGGACACUCCAGGAGCAGCAACGGGAGCUGGUUCUGAGAUUUGUCAACAGCAGGCAAGGGUUACAGCAGAGCCUGAGGUGCUGGUUGGAAGGAAGAGGGACGCUCCAGACGCAGUGGACGCUGGGGGGGAUGGAGGCCUACGUCCAGUCAUCCGCUCUCUCACAGAGCUCGUCCUCCUCCCCCUGCGCUACCCCUCCCUCUUCCCAUCCCUCGGCAUAACACCCCCCCGCGGCGUGCUCUUGCACGGGCUGCCCGGGACAGGGAAGACUCUGGUGGUGCGGGCGUUGGCAGGGGCGUGCGCGAGGGGGGAGAGGGAAGUGGCGUUUUUUGCGCGGCACGGCGCGGAUUGCCUUGGGAAGUACGUGGGAGACGCGGAGAAGCAUCUACGGCUGUUGUUUGAAGUGGCGAAGCAACGUCAGCCGUCGAUUAUAUUCUUUGAUGAGCUAGAUGGGCUGGCGCCGGCCAGGGGGGCGAAUCAGGACCCCACUCAUAGCUCUGUGGUGGCUACGCUUUUGGCGCUUCUUGAUGGGUUGGAUUCAAGGGGUGCGGUUACCGUUAUUGCUGCAACCAAUCGGAUUGAUGCCAUUGAUCCUGCCCUGCGCCGCCCGGGCAGGUUCGACCGCGAGAUUUUCUUUCCGCUGCCCGGAUUUGCGGGCCGGAAGGCGAUUUUGAGGGCGAUAACGGGGGGGUGGGGGCCGGGGGUGGCACCUUCCGGGAAGGUUCUGGAGGAGCUAGCGAAGAGGAGUGAAGGAUUUGCAGGGGCAGAUCUUCGGGCAGUCUGCAAUGAUGCACUUAUGGCUGCCCUGAGAAAAACGUUUCCCAUGGACAAGGCUUUGGCUCUGGAUGUGCUGCCCGGGAGUGAAAAGUUUGGUGCUGGGCAGCCCCAGCUGCCCGGAGCAGGAUCACCUUCUUGUCCACGUGGCACAGGCUCAUUGGUGCCAGCGAAGGUGUCUCGUCUGCCUGUCCCUGAGAUCCACGUGGAGGCCUGUGAUUGGCUGGAAGCACUGCAGCUGGCACAAGUGCCCUGUGCCCUCCGAACUGCAGCUGCCAGCUUCGGCAAGUUAGGUUCGGCUGCCGUGCCUGGGUACCUGUUACCGAUCCUGGCCCCUGCCUUGAUUCGGCUGGUUCGUGCACUGGUUGAGACAGCCGGGGUUGGGAAACAGCAGGAGGUAAUUGAAAUGAGAACCAAUGACAUUAUGGGGAGGGGAGCAGGUGUGAGAUGUGACUAUAUGCAAGGUGGUUUUAGGGGAGGGGGCAGUGCAGACAGUGAAAGAUGGAAGAUGGUGGGGAGGGGAGAUGAGAGAGCAGGGGAUGAGGAGGAGUGGGUGGUGGGACGCGCGUUGGAGAUGCUGGGGUGGGUGGAGAGAGGAAAAGACAGAGGCACACAGGCUAAAGAUGUGAAUAUGGAGAGGGGGGAAGAGGGAAUGGGAGGGGAGAAAGAGGGGGAGGAGAAGGAGCAGGGGCCGGAGGGAGGGGAGUGGGGGGACGAGGAGGAGGAAGAAGGGGAUGAGAAGGAAGAGGGUGAAGGGGCGGUGGUGGUGGAGGUGGAUGUGCCGGCUAUGGUGCUGCUGGGGCAAGGGGACAUGGCUGUUGGCAUGCGUGCACUCUUAGCCAAGGGGACUUUUGAGUCGACUCAAAAGUGUCUUUCUGAGGCACUGCAGAUUCUCUUCUCCCCUCUCCCGAUUCCCUUCUCCCCUCUCCCGAUUCUCUUCUCCCCUCUCCCGAUUCCCUUCUCCCCUCUCCCGAUUCUCUUCUCCCCUCUCCCGAUUCCCUUCUCCCCUCUCCCGAUUCUCUUCUCCCCUCUCCCGAUUCCCUUCUCCCCUCUCUUCCGGUUCGCAGAGCAAGCAAGAUCCAUGGCGCCCUGUGUGCUGCUGCUGCCACGUGUCAACACAUGGGUGGUGCAGGGGUGGAAGGAUGGGAGAGGCAUGGGAGUGGAUGGGGAGGAGGAGGAUGAGGAGGAGGAGGGAGGGGUUAAUGGGGAGAGGUUGGAGGAGGAGGAAGGAGGAGGGGAGGUGAGUGAGGGAGGGGAUAGUAAGGAGAGCCAGGAAGAGGAGGAAAUGGAGGAAGAGGAGGAAGAGGACGAGGAAGAAGAGGGGGAUGGGAGGGAAGGCAGGGUAUCAGGGGAGUGGGCAUCAUUUGAGCAGCUGAUGGCAGGGGUGGAGUCUCAGCUAGCGUCCUCUGCUGCUCUGUUCAUGCACUCUUCCCGUGCCAAUGCGGCUUGCAUUCACGUCGUGCGGGUGGGGGUGUCAGGCGAGUGGGCGUCAUUCGAGCAGCUGAUGGCAGGGGUGGAGUCUCAACUAGCGUCCUCUGCUGCUCUCACGCCUUGUCCCGUGGCCAUGCGCCCGGAAUUUCACGUUGUGAAUGAAGAGAACAAGGAGGAGGAGGGAGGAGGAGGCGGAGCGGGAGGAGGGGGGAGAAGGAGGGAGGAAGCGGAUGAUAAGGCGUGUGUUGAUGGGGAUGGGACGCGUCAGCAGGAAGAGGAGAUUGCAGGAUGCAGGACAGGUGGCGAGCUCUCAUUGGCCGGGAGGUGGAGGGCGGCAGUGGGCAUGGCUGCUCGGCAAUUGGCGUGGGAGGUGUGGGAAGCGGUGGAGAGAGGUGCUAGGGGAGAGGUGUUGGCAGGGAGGAGGGGCAUGGGGGGUAAGGGGAAGAGGGGGGGAAACGGGGAAGGAGGACCGUGGGAAGAGGAGGGAAGGAGAGUUGGGAAGAGAAGGAGAGUGGAAGGAAGGGGUGGAGAUGGGGAGGGUGGUGAUGGGGACGGGAUGACUGGGAGGGAGGCCGAGGGGCGAAUCGACAUUCCUGACGGGGAGCUGCAGAAGCAGCAGGAGCAGCAGGGGCAUCAGGGGCAGCAGGGGCAGCAGGAGCAGCAGGGGCAUCAGGGGCAGCAGGGGCAGCAGGAGCAGCAGGGGCAUCAGGGGCAGCAGGGGCAUCAGGGGCAGCAGGGGCAUCAGGGGCAGCAGGGGCAUCAGGGGCAGCAGGGGCAUCAGGGGCAGCAGGGGCAGCAGGGGCAGCAGGGGCAGCAGGGGCAGCACGCACAGGGUGUGUGGCGAACAGAGGCAGAGCGGCGGCUGCUGGGGGGGUUGGCCUGCCACUAUCAAACUGAUGCGCAGCAGCAGUGGAGUGCGGAGCAUGUGUGGGCGGUGCAGCGGGCGUGUCGCAUGGAGCAGCAAGUGAGAGCGCUACAAGACACAGUGGCAGCGUGGGUGCACCUCAUGGCUCCCAUGCACGCUGCUGCUGCUGCCUCCACCGCUCACCUACCCCCUCCUCCUCCCCGGCUUUCCCUUGCCCCCCCACACACUGGUCACGCUGGCGCGCUGUCUCCUGCAGCUCCUCCGGCGACGGGCCUUGAGACGUCUCGAAACUCGCUAGCAGGCGCGCUGUCUCCUGCAGCUCCUCCGGUGACGGGCCUUGACGUGCUGAGGCGCCCUGGACUUGCGUGGCGGGGGAGGGAACGGGGUGAGGGAGCAGCAGAUGGGCUUGGUGGGAGUUCGGGGAAAGGGAGAGAAAGGAGAGAAGGGAGAGAAGGGAGAGAAGGGAGAGAAGGGAGGGAAGGGAGAGAAGGAAGGGAAGGGAGGGAAGGGAGGGAAGGAAGAGAAGGGGGAGAAGGAAAGGAUGAGGGAGAAGGGAGAGAAGAUAGAGAUAGGAGAGAAGAGAGGGAUGGAAGAGACGGGAGAGAAGGAGGAGAUGGAAGUGGAGGGUGCGAGCAAGCAUGUGAUGCGGUGCUGGUGAGAGGAGGAGGAGUUGAGAGCGGUGGUUCUAGGUUAAUGCAAGGAGGAGCGGCAGGGGAGGAGGGUGGGGAGCAAGGAGCAGAGGGUGAUGGGGGAGUAACUGUAACGCCAGAGGUGAUACUUGGGGAGACUUUUGAGGCGCCUCAAGAGGGUGAUGGAGGAGUAACUGUAACGCCAGAGGUGAUACUUGAGGAGGAGGUGGAAGGCGGUGCGGCAGGCAGUGGUGCUGAAAGGGAAGAUAUUGCAGAGAGAGGGAGUAAUGAGGGUGAGCGUGAGGAUGCGGAUGGGGACAGGACUGGCACGGGCAAUGGAGGGCGAUGUGGCCUUGCAGGUGCAGAGGCGGAUAGCCUUGCGGAGGGAGAUGAGAGGGAGCAGGAGGCAGAGGAGGAGGGGGGUGAAAAGGGGGACGAGGAUGAGAAGGAUGGGAAUGGGGACAGGACUGGCAUGGGCAAUGAAGGGCGAUGUGGGCGUGCAGGUGUAAAGGGGGGUAGCCAUGAGGAGGGGCAGGAGAGAGAGCAGGAGGGCGAGGAGGAGGAUGAAGAAGGGAACGAGGAGGCGCGUGAAGCAGGCAAGUGGUGGGCGGAGGAGGAUGAGGAGGGCACGAGGGAGCAGGAAAGAGGGGUAGCUGGAAGAGCAGAGCAAGAGGCAAGGGUCGAAGGGGAUGGCCAGACGGUGGGUAAAGGCAGUGGUGGGGACGACGGUGAGGGUGUCUCUCCCCACCGCAGUGGGGAUGGCAUGGGUGCUGUCACUCGCACACCUCUCAACCGCAAGGCACUGCACAGCACCGCUCCUCAUCAUCAAGCCCUCCUGUCCACGUCACGCGGCGGCGCAGCUGCGCCAGUCACGUGCGGCCAGCUGGAGCGAGCAGUGCGCCAGCUGGCAAGCAUGGCCACAGCUGCUGUGAGGCGAGUGCGGUGCGGUCAUACCUCAUUUGCUGCCGUUGAUGCUGCUGCUAGUGGUGCUGCUGGUGGUGCUGCUGCUGCGUCCGCUGCUGUUCCUUCUGCUAAUGGCGGUGAUGGUGGUGGUGCUGGUGGUGGUGGUGCUACCCCUGGUGCUGCCACAGCUCCAUGUGCUCAUGCGUCUGGUGAUGAGGGCGAGCUGGUUCAAGGCAGCGCGCCGUCUAUGUCCGCCUCGGAUUUCCUCGCCGCCGCGAAUCAGAUCACAACCGAUAAAAUCCAGUCGAUCCGCAUGCGAAUCUACCAGCAGUUCGUCCAAAAUCUCGCCAUGAAAGGCGCGAGCACGGCCGCGCUGGGCCAAAUCGUCGACCUGCCGCAGCCGCCAUUCACCAACAUGACUCUCCAACUCGUGAAGCUCAAACUCUCUUCGCUCGUCGCGAAUGGGUUUCUCUUCCACGAGUUUUUCAUUCCGCCGGGAAUCCAGGUCUCCACGAAUCCGGACCUCGUCGUGCUGUUGUAUAACCAGAUUCCAGUCACCUUCGCGCCGUACAGACCACCGACUAGUUACUCCUAUUCGCCGUAUUUCGCCGGGGUUGACAUCCUUCCGUACGUUAACGACACGACGAAGGCUCCGGGGCCGCUGCUUGUGCGAACGAGCCCGUCGUUACCAAUAACUGUUACAUUUCCUUUCGACGACUCUCAGCCUGGUUACGUUCAGUGCACUACGUUCGGCCUGCUCGGCGCGCUUAUCCCUCUCAACCAAUCACAGGACAGCACACCCACGCGAGUUAUAUGCGAGAGCGUCACCCUUGGGGAAUUUACCCUCACAAUCGGCUCCAACCCAUUCCCUUCACCACCGCCUCCCCCGCCGUCCCCUCCGCCCCCCCCGUCCCCGCCAACUCCGCCAACCCCCACUCCGCCUUCUCCGCCCGCAACCACCCCCGCCGACAACGGCGGGUCAAGCGGCCUGACAAUCGGGUUAGCGAUCGGACUCGCGAUACCGAUUAUUCUCCUGCUUGUGCUGGGCGCGUGGCUGAUCUGGCAGCUGCUGCAGCGCGGGCGCUACGAGAAGAUGGAGCUGGCGGCGGAGCGCGCCGCGAACCUCGAGACCGCGCUCAUUGCGGGGCAGCGUGCGCCGUCCGCGCCCGCCGUGCGCACCAGGGGGGCGCUGGAGGACGAGGCGUGA